AUGGCUACUCACUCUAUGGCGAAGCGUCGGCAUUAUGGGACUUUUUGCCUUGCCCUUCUAUACAAUUUUCUAGCACUCGUAUACGGGCCGGUUGAAUUGGGGUCAUUGAUUGCGUACUCGACUAAGGUUCACCAAUAUCAUAAUUGGCUCAUCGACCGAGAUGGUACAUCGAUAUCACAAUUCGACACUGGUAUGGCGGGUGGGGUGGCUACAGUCUCAUCUAUGGCUGCUUGCGAUACCGCCGCGGGUCUGGACAGUGGAACAUCUUUGCACUUUGGUGCGCAUCCAACGCUUACGCGUGUUGUACACCUAUGGGCUGGUCGUCGACGAUGGAGGCCGCAACGACAAAAACUCAAACAGAUCGUUUUCCGCAAGCGAAGGGAUGAAGGCAAACGUAUUUGCGACGACCGAGUGGAGAAGCAGGACUUCCAAGUUAUUGCAUCAGGUACAUCUCUGAUCGAGUGGAGAGACAUCCGCAAAAUACGGAUUUCCUUCCAGACCAACGCGCAGACGCUGCAUCGUUUAUAA